AUUUGUUUGGCGGGGCCGUGUUGUUUUCUCGGCGGCGGCGGUCCGCCCGGUACCCCGAGAGCCGCGGGAUGCGGCGGGGCCGGCGCGGGCGGGCGGGCCGGGCCGCGGGGGCGGGAGGUGCGCGCCGGCCGCCGGCCCCGGCAGCGCCCAGCGCCCCGCCGGCCGCCAGCCGCUGCCCCUGAGCUGCCCGGGCACAGAGCCGGGCGGGCCAUGGGGAGACGGAGAACUUGAGAAAGAGCGAAAGCAGGAACGAGCGGACCUGCGUGUGCGGAUGCUCGCAGGGCCGCUCACAUCGCCUACAGGAUAACUUGGGUGCCGCCGGCUGCUCCCCGCCAUGCGGGCACCGGCCGAGUGAAGCGCAUCCGCGGCCGGGAGGGCAGCGCUGCCCGAGCCCGGCACGGCCGCGGGGCUGCGGGCACGGCCGCGGGCUGCGGGCACGGCGCUGCCCGCCCGCCUCGGGCAGCUGCGGCUCCGCGCCGACCUCUGAAUCAAACUGACUCUAUUUGUUGCGAGGAGAGGCUGUUUGCUCACAGCAUCAUCUGUUUGGAAGAAAGGAGGGAGGAAGGGGGAGGGUUAACGCUAAAGAAGUAAGUCUUCUCUGCGAAGGAAAUGCCUUUUGCGCUUUCCAGAUGACCUUUUCUGAAAAUGUAGUUUCUCCAGCUGACCGGUUCUGAUUCUGACUACCAAGUGUGUGAAACUGAUCCCUAAGUGCUGCACAAACCGUAGGAUGUGUGUUUCCGGGAUUAGCAAUAUGGGGCAUCUGUUGUCGCCUCUCCUCUUGAGCCUGGCAGCAAUUUUUUCCAAAGUGAGCGAGAGCCGCGGGAUCCUGGAGAGCAUCCAGCGCUUUUCUCUGCUGCCCACGUACCUGCCGGUGACCUACCGCAUCCACAACGCCGACGUGUCCUUCUUUCUUAAGGAGGCCAACCAGGAUAUCAUGAGGAACUCCAGCUUGCAGUCCCGGGUGGAAUCCUUUCUGAUCUACAAAUCCAAGAGCCCCCCCGUGUUAAACGCCAGCUAUGGGCCUUUUUCCAUCGAACAGGCGGUGCCCCAGGACUUAAUGCUGUCCUCCAAUCCCUUUGGAUCCACCAACACGUUCACGUACAACUGGAAGCUGCAGGCCUACAUCCUGAGCACCAAGAUCUACCUGAGCAAGCCCCGGGUGCAGGUGCUGUUCUACGUGGUGGGCAGGGACUGGGACGAGCGCAGCCCCGCGGAGCGGCUGCCCUGCCUGCGCGUGUUCGCCUUCCGCGAGACGCGCGAGGUGCGCGGCAGCUGCCGCCUCGGCGGGGACCUGGGGCUGUGCGUGGCGCAGCUGGAGCUGCUGCCCGCCUGGUUCAGCCCCCCAACCGUGGUGGCUGGCCGCAAGAAGCAGAUGGAGAGGUCCGAAGGGAGCCCCGUGGAGCUCUACUACUCCAUCCAGGCGGGGGAUGAGAGAGGGGAGUGCGCCAAGGAGGACGUCAGGAAAAGCAACGGGAUCCGCUCGGGCCGCAACGACAUUGACGAGUCGGGACCUCCCCUGCAGAGGAUUGGAAGUGUUUUCCUUUACCAGACACACGCUGCCCCUUCUUUAACUGAAAUGAGAUUGGAUAAUAAUAUUGUCAUCCAGUAUGCACCAAAGACCGUCAAGCAAGGAGACAUUCUGACUUUCCUUGUAUCUGUUGCUAAAAACUCAACAGAAGAUCAGUUCACGCUGAGGGCCAAGGUGAAGAGGGGGGUGAAGGUGUCCAGCGUGAGGGGCAGCAGCCCGCAGCUGUGGGACGUGAGGGAGAGCGCGGAGCACGCGGGGAGACACGCUCCGGCCGUGCUGUGCCACAGGAGAGCCGCUGCUCCCAACAGUGCGGAGGGACCUGCCUCUGAAAUCAUGCAGAUUGAUUUUGAAAUUGAAGAGCUGGCUGACCUGCCUGAGACCCAGCUGAUCACCUGGCAGGUGGAGUACCCUGGAGACACCACAUCCGACCUGGGAAUCUCCAAGAUCUACGUCAGCCAGAAGGAGCUGGUGGGAGUUCUCCCCUUGGCCAUGGAAGCAGAGAUCCUGAACACAGCCGUUCUCACUGGCAAGACAGUGGCUGUCCCUGUCAAGGUGGUUUCUGUGGAAGAUGAUGGGACGGUGACAGACCUGGUGGACUCUGUGGAGUGCAGAUCAUCAGAUGAAGACGUCAUUAAGGUUUCUGACAGAUGUGACUAUGUCUUUGUCAACGGGAAGGAAAUGAAAGGCAAAGUGAAUGUCGUAGUUAAUUUUACUUACCAGCACCUGAGUGCCCCUUUAGAAAUGACAGUGUGGAUUCCUCGUCUCCCGCUGCAGAUAGAGGUCUCUGACACAGAACUCAAUCAGAUCAAGGGCUGGAGAGUCCCCAUCAUCUCUAAUAAGAGGCCGGCCCGGGACAGCGAGGAGGAGGAGGAGGAGGAGCGCAGGGGCAGGGGCUGCACGCUGCAGUACCAGCACGCCCUGGUCAGGGUGCUGACGCAGUUCGUGGCCGAGCCCCCGCUGCCCGGGGCCCAGCUCAGGCACCUGCUGGGCUCGGACUGGCAGCUGGACAUCACCCACCUGGUCAGGGACUCCAUGCAGGUGGAGGAGCCCAGGAUCGCCCGGCUGCAGGACGGGCAGGUGCUGGUGGGGCUGGAGCUGGGGAUGACCACGAUUCAGAUCCUGUCCCCCCUUUCAGAUGCCAUCUUGGCUGAGAAGACAGUGACAGUCCUGGACGAGAAGGUGACAAUAACUGACCUGGGAGUGCAGCUGGUGACAGGACUGUCCCUCUCUCUGCAGCUCAGCCCGGCGAGCAACAGGGCCAUCUUUGCUACUGCAGUGGCACAGGAGCUGCUCCAGUCCCCAAAGCAGGAAGCAGCCAUCAGCUGCUGGAUCCAGUUCAGUGAUGGAUCUGUCAUGCCCCUGGAUAUUUAUGACUCCAAAGACUUCUCCCUGUCAGCCACCUCUCUGGAUGAGAAGGUGGUGUCCAUCCAGCAUGACCCCAGAUUCAAGUGGCCCGUGAUUGCUGCCGAGACCGAGGGCCAGGGCAGCCUGGUGAAGGUGGAGAUGGUGAUCAGUGAAUCGUGCCAGAAGUCCAAAAGGAAGAGCGUCCUGGCUGUUGGGAGCGGCAGCAUUAAAGUCAAGUUCGGGCAGGGCGAUGCCAACCCCAGCGCCAGCGAUAGCAAGCGCAGGGGUGCCGGUGUGCCCCUGGAAAACCAGCCCAGCGACCGGCGCCACAGGAGCGGCUGGCAGGACAGAGGGGACGGGCAGUUCUCCAGCUCCUCCGCGGGCCACGAGCAGGGCAGGGCCACCACCACCCACAGGUCCGUGCUGAGCAGGAAGGAGGACAGGGAGAGCCUCCUGGACGACGCCAGCCAGAACCUGCCCCUGGACCUGACGAGCUUCCCCGCGCAGGUGGAGCUGCCCAGGGACAGCGCGGAGGCAGAGGACGGCGACCCAGCACAGUCCCCCCGUGGCCUCAGCGACCUGGAGAUCGGCAUGUACGCCCUGCUGGGCGUCUUCUGCCUCGCCAUCCUCGUCUUCCUCAUCAACUGCGUGGCGUUCGCUCUGAAGUACAGGAACAAACAAGCUCCCUUUGAAGAGCAGGAGGGCAUGAGCCACUCUCAUGACUGGGUUGGGCUGAGCAACAGGACAGAGCUCCUGGAGAAUCACAUCAACUUCUCCUCGCAGCAAGAUGAACGGAUCACAGCCAUCGACAGAGGAGUGGACUAUGAGGAGAGCAAAUACCUCCUCAGCACAACUGCCACCAAAAAUAUCAAUGGACAGUCUUUCAGGUCUCCUGAGUUCAGCGAAGGGAAAGAACAGAAAAGUGAACCGACCACUUCUCCUACCUCUAAGAGGAAACGGGUUAAAUUCACCACCUUCACCACCAUCUCCUCCGACGAUGGGUGUCCAGCUGUCAACUCCAUCCUGAUGAGUAACGAGGAUGACAUUAAAUGGGUCUGCCAGGACAUGGACCUGGGGGAGUGCAAAGAGCUUAAAAACUACAUGGAGAGGUUACAUGAAAAUGCGUAAUGGGACACAAAAGACUUUUUUGGUUUGGUUUGUUCGUUUGUUUGUUUUUCACUCACCUUCUGCCUUUAAUUUUGGGUAGUGGGGCGACAUGUUGUAUUCUAACAAGAAUCAGCUGGUGGAUAAUAACUCAAUGGAGCCCCAAGAAGCCACCCAAAAGCAGCUGGGAGAGCAGAGAUCCUGGACAGCUCUUAAAAUUCAAGCCCUCUCUGUGCUCAGAGAUGGAAGUGAGAGAUGUGUGUGGUUUUUUGAUACACGAUAACAUGAAAAAAAACUUAGAAAAAUAAUAUGGUCUCAUUCUCUGUGCUUUCCCAGAAAAUCAAUAAAUAUAACAAACUCCAGUGCAGUUUGGAUAUUACAAAGCUCACACAGCUCUACUGUUCAAUAUUGCAAGCUUUGGUUAAAAGCAAAAGAUUGGUCUCAGAAUAAAUAGAUCCAUGAGAAGAGCAUGUCGUUCAGGCCACGUGCAGAGAAUACCCAUCCAGGAACAUUAAUUUAUAGCUGACAUAAACCAACAGUGUGAACGAAGCAGCUCCCAGAGCUGAGGAGUCAGGAGUUUCCAAAGAGUCUGGAGGGGAUAAAGGUGUAACUGGGCUGUUUACAAACCAGCGUGUUUGCCUCCCAAGCACUGACAAUGGAUACACAGACACAGUUCAAACUGAAACUCUCUUUUUAAGUAGAUGCCAAGGUAAUAAACGUUGCCAGCCAAUUUUCGGUAUUUCUUAAUUUGUAAAAUAGGAGAAGAUAUGAUCUAUACUCAGACUAUCACUCAUACUAAGGAAGGUCUUUUGGAAAGUUUGAGAGAAUGAGCUAUUUUUAAAAGCCCACUUUGUUUAACUGUCCUGUUUUGGAUUUGUAUUCCCAGCCCUUUCCCUGGAGCUCCCCAUCCGGUAUCCUGAGGGCACUUCCCAGAUCAGUCAGCCUUGGAAGCUGUGAUCCCUUUCCACUUUUCCUUUUUCCCUUCUCCCUUCUCCCGUUCCCCUUUUCCCUUUUCCCUUUUCCCUUUUCCCUUUUCCCUGUUCCCUUCCCUUUUCCCUUCCCUUUCCCCUUCCCUCCCUCCCUCCUGCAGGUGCCCCACUGUCCCUCCCUGGAGCUGGCCACUGUCCCUGGCCCGGAGCCCUCGUGCUGAGCUGUCCCUCCCCAGCAGCUCCUCCUGCUCCCUGCCCUGCUCGGGGGCAGCUGGGAGUGCUCAGCUCCUGUGCCCCUGCCCAGCCCCGCACAUGGCCAGGGCGCUGGGAGGGCACAGGGCAGAGCUGCACGUUCAGCACUGAGCCCUGCACAGCUCAGCUCAGCAGAUAACAUUUGUUUCUCCCAGGGGUGAUGAUUAUCCUCUGUUUCCUUCUGCUGAGGAUGUACAUACAGUAGGAUUUCAGUGAUUGCCCUCCAACCCGACGUGCCCUCCAGCCUCACACCAGGACAUGUCUUGUGAGGUCCAGCAGCAGCCUCCAAAGGCCAGUGGCAAAGUGCCAAAGCACUAACUAAAAUCCAGGUAAUGGAUUUGAUAUAUAAAAAUAUUUCAAGUUCCCCUUUAUUUUCUGGAGUGAGUCCUGGCCCCCUUUUUUGUUAAGUCUUCCAUCCUUGAAUCUAUGUUGCUCAGUUUAAUACACACCCGCCCUCCCACAAACACUUAGAUUGAAUCCCUCUAUAUUUAGAAUGUACUGUAGAUUGUAAGAAUGUAAUAUAUAUAUUUAUAAACAUGCCAACUGUGAAUAAAAUUUGCAUUUUA